GCACUAACAAAAGUAGCCAUUGAUAAAACACAAUAUGAAAAUGAGUUAAUACAAAGUAAAAAUAUUAUAUAUGAAUUAAAAAAACAAAUAGAUGAGUAUCAAAAUAAUGCCAGAUUUGUUGAAAAUAAUAUUACUGAGAUUAGUAAAAUACAUAUUAAAAAAGAAGAAGAAUAUACAUUAUUAAAAAAUGAAGUAAAAUCUUUAAGAGAAAAUUUAAAUGAAAAAAAUAUUAAAUUACAAUUACUAGAAGAGAAAGAAAAAAAAUUAGAACAGAAUCAUAUAGUAUAUAAUAAUUUUCAUUUAGAAGCUCAAAAGAAAUAUAAUUCAUAUGAAAAAGUUAUUGAUAAUUUAAAAAAAGAAAUAGAUGAAUUGAAUAUAAAUAAUAGUGAUAAUAUAGUAAUAAUUGAAAAAUUAAAGGAAGAAUUACAACGAGAACAAAAUAAAAAAUAUAAUAUCAAUUAUGAUUAUGUAGAUGGUUUUAUGGAUAAGCAAAUGGAUAUAUCACUAUCUUCUAAUAAAUAUGAUAAUAAUAAUAAUAAUAAUAAUAAUAAUAAUAAUAAUAGUAGUGUUAAAGUUCAAAAUCUUGACAACACAUAUGAUGUUAGAAAUAUUAAACAUGAUCAUAAAAAUAUUGUUAGUGAUAUAAGUGGAAUCAAUCACAAAAUAGAUGGUGAUACACAAAGGAAGGAACAAGAAAAUAUAUAUAAUAAUAUGCAAAAUGAAGAAAAGACCAUUUAUAAAGAAGAAGACAAUAAUAAUUUAACCUAUGAAUAUAAUGAUGAUUUUAAUAUUUUUAUUAAUUCAAAUAAAACUAAAGUUAAGAGUAAAACAAAAAAUAAUAUAGAUAUAAGAGAAAAUGAAGAAAAUGUGGAAAAUUAUACAAAUGAUUCUAUAAAAAAUGAAGGACAUGAUGAUGAAAAUAAAGAGAGGAAAGAAGAAUUGCCAAGAGAAAAAAAAAAGCUAGAUACACAUUUUGAUAAUGUAUGUGUAAAGAAAGAAGAUAUUAAAAAUAAAGAUACAAAUGAUAGUAAAAAUAUAAAAAAAAAUUAUGAUAAGAAUGAUGAAGACCUACUUCAUAGUACAUCUAGUGAUAUGUCAUCUUAUCUUGGAAAUAAUGAUAUAUCUUUAUUUAGUAGUGCAAAAUUAAAAAAAAUGUUUAAUCUUAGUCAUACAUAUAAUAAAAAAAAUAAUGCAGACAAUAAAAUGGAUAGUGUGAGCAAAUUGAAAGUUGUGAAUAAAACAAAUACAAAUGAUGAUAUCUCUAAUAGUAAGAAAAACAAAAAUGAUUAUUAUGAUGAUGUGGCUUAUGAUUUGAAAAAAAAUUGGACAUAUAAUAAAGGAGAGAAAAAAAAAAGGGGGCAAGAAAAUAAAGAAUAUAUAAAUAAUGAUAUAAAAGGAAAUGAUAAUCACAUAAUGAUAGAUAAAAAAAAUAUAAAUAAGGAUUCUAUAAAUAAGAGGGAUAGUAUGAUAAAACCUAUCAAUAUGAAGAAAAAAUAUAAUUUGGAUAGUUCAUUUAUUGAUACUAUUGAUAAAUCUAUUUAUAAAAAUAAUCAAAAGGAUAAUUUAGAGAGUCAAAUUACAAGUGAUGAAGAAAAUGAUGAGAAAUUUCCAUUAUUUUAUGUUGAAGAGAAUAAAAAUAGAAAUAAAAAUAAAAGGGAUACACAAAAUAAAGGGGAUACGCAAAAUAAAGGGGAUAUACAAAAUAAAGGGGAUAUUCAAAAUAAAGGGGAUGUGUCUAAUUUAGAAGACGAAUUUGAUGAAGAUAUGAUGGUGAAGGGUGUAAUAAAUAUGAACGACAAUAAAAAUAAUAAUAAAAAAAAAAAUAAUAAUAAUAAUAAUAAUAAUAAUAAUUUAUCUAGAUAUCAUUCUAGAAAUAUAAACAAACUUUCUAGACAAAAUAAUGAUCAAAAUGAUAAUUAUGUAAAUAAUAAAAUUACAGAUAGUAAUGUAAGAAAUAAAUCCUAUGAUGAGAAGAGUAAGAAAAAAAAUUACAAUUUUAUUUCUCAAACUAGUUAUGAAGCUAAUAGUAAUAAUAGUAGUAUUGUUUUAUUAGAUUCUUUAAGUUCAGAUAUGGGACCUAACAUAAGUGUUGAUAAAUAUAAUCAAACUAAAAAUAAGGAAAUGAUAAAUAAUAGUCAUCAUAAUAAUAACAAUAAUAAGGGUUUUAGAAAUGAAUAUAAUAAUGAUCUAUAUAGUUCAAAUGAUUAUAAUAAUAUAAAAAAAGGUACUUUCCUAAUAAGUGAUAAUUCUCAUGGUGUUAAAAUGAAUACAUAUGAUGAUAAAGAUAAUAAAAAUAAAUAUACAUAUGAUAAUAAUUAUAAGAUGAAUAAAACAAAUAGUAAAAUGGAUAAAUCGUAUGAGAAUAAAAAAAAAUAUACAAAUAUAAAAAAUAACAACAAUAAUAAUAAUAAUUAUAACUAUGAUAAGUAUGAUAAUUAUGAUAAUUAUGAUAAUUAUGACAAUGUGUAUAAUAAAGCAGUAAUAAGAAACGAACCUGUUAUAUCUAACAAGUCUAAAAUAAAAAAAGAUUUAUAUAAUAAAUAUAUGGAUGUUUUAAAAAGUUUAAAAAGUGAAGAAAUGGAUGCUUCUGUUAAUACAACAAAUAAUAAAACUAUUGAUUUUACAAAUGAUUUUACAAAGACACAAGAAAAUUCAACAUCAAUAUUAUCAUCAUCUAAAACACUACAAAAAGAUAGUUUACUGAGUAAUCUUUCUAAAUUUAAAUUUAAUGAGGAGCUUCAUGAAUAUUCCUGUGAUCCCUUAACAAUUAUUAAGCCUAUUGAGGAAUCCAACCGAGAUUAUUUUGAAUAA